AUGGACACCAAGACUUAGAAAAAAGACUCAUAAUCUAAUUUUACUAGCAAUCAAAAUUUUUAUGAUGACUCAGAUUACUACUAAGAUGAUGAUGAUACAUUAACUUCAGAAAAAAUGCGCAAAAAAAGAAAAUUGAAUUUGACUCCAGAAUAAAAACGAAUUUAUAAAAUAGAAGAGAAGAUAUAUACUUGGUCUCGGGUACUAACUGUAUUUGCAGGAAUUGCCAUGGCCUUCUCAGGUAUACUAUUGAUAGUUGAUUUGCUGCUGGGUAGAUCUUAUCAAGAUUUCAUUAGCUAUGAAAUAGGAACCACUCCUUUGAUAUUUAAGUAUGCAAACGAAAAAGCAAGUGUAUUUAUAGAUUUCAAUGAGAAAGUAAUUGGAAGCUGUAUCUAGAUCAGUAUGAUCCUCUUCAUAAGUAUCUUUAUACAGGGUUUUACAUGUUUCAAGACUCUAAGACCACUAGUGAAUGCGAUUUAAAAGAAAUAAUUGGAGACUAAGAAGCAGAUGAUAAAUCAAGAUGAAAUAACACAAGCUAAUAUCAUGGCACUCUCAUUAGUAGGUGAAGAUGUAUUGAGAGUAAAUGGUUCAUCACAUGACUAAACCAAGCAUCUUUAGAAGAUAAUGUUUUUGUUUUCAGUAAUGAAUUUCGCUAUGAUGAUUUAUGUUCAGAUUAAUCUCUAUAAUGAAGUGAGUGGAGUGGUAUAUAAAUGGGUAGAUGAUAAUGUUGAUGCAUAGAUCUUUGAUUCUAGCAGAUCUCCUACAUACAUAUCAGGAUUUAAAGAUGCUUAGAGAGUUAGUACAAAGAGGUACGCCUUCAUAAUUAUGAUAUACUUCAAUUUAAUGGCUUUUGCUGUUUUUACCACCAUUAAUGCUUUUAUAUUAUAUGGUGCUCAUUAAUUAUCAAGGAAUCAAAAGAAAACCGAAGAGGACUGA